GCAAGCGGUGGUCCAUAUUUUGUGUUUAUGCCACAGUAGUGGUAACAAUUUCACCAAUGUUGUCGGUUUUGCGAGAGAAACAAGAAAUGGAACAUCCAGAGUGGACAGCAGAAGAGGAGGUGCAACUUUUUCUUGCCAUGGAAGGUGUUCGGCCGGUUGGAAUCAACAGACAUUUCUUCAUGGCUUGCAUCGUCGAACGCUUGUCGAAAGCGCUGCAGCGAGAGAUCAGUAGCGACGCAGUCUGGUCGCAUCUUGGCACGCUGUACAAUCUAAAAGCACUGGACGAAGCGGAACCGGUACCAUUCCCUAAUGAUGAGUGUGACUUCUGUCUGCCGGAAUCAGAUUUCAGUGCUGCUUUUGCGAAACGGCGACAAGAAGACUCGGAACGAAGCGUUACUGCUACGAUUGGUGGGGAGCACGAAUCCAAAAAGUUGGAAACGAAAUUGGAUACUUCGGUUGCGAAAACAUGUGCUUCCAGAACACCGAUACCGUCUUCUCGGCAGGAGGCUAAAGAUGGGGAAAAAGAAGAAAAAGACGUUAAGGAACGUGGUGAAGUAGGGACGACGAAAAUAAAGCUUAAAAGCUAUGAUAAUAUCGGAACACACGAUAGCGGGCCGAAACGAUCACAGAAACGGACCCGCGGUUCGAUGUCGACCGAGCCAGGCAUUUCGAAUGCAUCCAGUCCAGCAAACACACCGCCAAAUGGACCAAAUACAAAACGUCGACGAAUUUAAUUGCAAUGCAGUGCAAAACAGCUAUUUCGAACUAAGCUGCUAGCCGUUUCAUGUAAAUAUCUGCAUCUUCAGUUACUCGGUAGUUUGCAACGCGCGUUGAAAACUAAGUAUCGGAAUACAAAAAGAUACCGUCUUUUUAUGCAAUAACUUUCCUGGCAGUCGAGACAGACAGAUAAUCUUUAUGGACUACUUCAAAAGCCAGUGAAAAGAGAUGACCUGACCUUCAUCUGCGAUUAAUUAUAAAAGACAUAACCCAAUGGAUAUGCAACGAAAAGGUUGAAUACCUUUUUUCCUUAUGGCCGAAGAGAUGCUCGCUGUAUAGCAGAGUACACAUUUUAACCGUAAGCAGCAACUCGAGUUCCAGCACUAUCAACAUUCCGCCUAUCUGAGGGGAACGAUGAGAGUUUAUGUUGAUGGCGAAGUCCAGUAAUAUCCUAUAGACCCUUCUGUUGAAUAGCGCGUGGUCAUAUUGCAAUUGAGGAAGAAGUAUCGUUCAGACAUGGAACGAUGCAACACCAGUGGAGAAAACGUCUAUUGCGCAAAAGGCUUAGAAAAUCCAUAAAUAGCUAGACGAAUCUUACCAUUCCCCGGAAUUAGCUGGUCUAGAAUGAGUAUCCCAAAAACGAUGGAUAUUAAAAUACUUGACCAAUUCACAUGGGGUUAGAUGCGAUUCCCGGAAUUUACGCAGCUUUUAGUUUGAAAAUUUAACCGUACACUGCGCAUGGCCCAAGUAGUCCAAAUAGAUAUCCCCUUUUGGAGAAUGAUGGAAACGUCUAACGGAAGAGCAGACGUAACUAGCGUAAUUACGCAACAGAAGUAUAAAGCGAAGAAUGAGGAUAAGGUGCCCUCAACGUUACGAUGGAAUUUUGGAGCAUAUAUUCAAAGCAUGAAGAAGAUCUUACCCACGCAAGAUUGAAAUGGUCAUUCGGAAACUCUAGCUGAUUGAAGACAAGAUUGCAAUAGUCUUUCGGAAGCAUUAGCUGAUGCCGACGGUAUCUGAUCAGCUGAUGAACGCCUGGAAGGAGCGACUGAAAGUGUCUGUAAAAACAACUUGUAAAGGAAGCCCGACAUCUUGAUCUUAAUGGUAGUGGAAUCGGCUACUGUACAUUACCACCAAGGAAUAAUACUUUGACGUCUCCAACAUCAAGCGUCCGAAGAAAUUACCACUGUCGUACCAUCUGCGAAAAGAAAUUAAUCUUUCCUCCAGAAGCUCUCAACUCACCUAAAAAAAUGUCACACAAAUGAGGAUAUAGGUUCAAGGCCACCAAUCGUUUAAAAAGGCUGUCACUCGAGGAGAUGGACUGGCUGAAAUUAAACGCUUUACCAAAAGCGUCUAUUUGAAAGAUGUGCAACAGAUGUGACUGUUAAAAAUUCUUGGAAGAAACUUUAAAUAAGAAUGUACUCCGACAAGAUCGAGGUUUAAACGAAAGGUUAGCCGAUCAGCCGAUUUUUUAUGAUUCAGAUGCAAUAAAAAUAAAGAAAUCAGGUUUUUAUUUCCCCUUCAAAGCAAGGGGAAUAGCUUUGUGUAUAGAGAGUCAGAAAGUCCAGAGGUCAUGCUCUGGCAUGAUGGCUUUUUUUUCGGUAAGUGCGUAUGCCAGAAUAAGUUAGGUCUAUGUGGGUUAGAUUAGUUAGGUUAUUUAAAAUGUAGUUUCCUGUGAAAACUGCAGAAGGACUUCAAUAUUUUUUUCCAGAUUUGUCAAUUCAUUUUGAUAAAAUUGACAUGCUUAAAAUUGUCUCGGAUUACAUGUAUAAAAAGAAUGAUAAAGCAAAGUAGACUAAUAAUUUUAUUUGUAAAAAUGCAGUAAAAGUAGAAAAAAAGAAUCUUUCACAUUUUCUUGACGACUG